ACCGGUCUGAUUCGUACGCCUACGUCCGAGACUAGUAAUGUAAAAAAAAAAGCUACUCAAUCUGAUGUAAUCAUUAUCAUGAGUGUUUCAUAUCUACACAACCCAUGCAAGGUGAUCAAAGGAUUUUCCCUUUAUUUUGCUGAGGAUGUUGCCUUUAUUGUUAUAGACAGAGGAGAAAAUAGACUCAACAAUGAAUUUUUCACAGUCUUCAAUAGUUUAUUGGAUGAGGUUAAUAGUAAUGAGUCGUGCAAAGGACUAGUGACCACAGGAGUAGGGAAAUUCUAUGGAAAUGGACUAGAUCUUGAAUGGAUGACUAAUUUAUCCGCUCCUGAAUUGCUUGACUUUCUAGACUUGAUGUCUGCAAGUCUCAAACGUUUACUUUGCUUUCCACUACCAACUUUGGCAGCUAUUAAUGGUCAUGCAUUUGCUGGUGGAGCCCUGUUGGCAUUUGCUCAUGAUCUUCGCACAAUGAGGGUAGACAGAGGAUGGCUUUCUUUUAAUGAAGUUUUUAUUAAUAGAAUUUUUCCUGAGUUCCUAUUGCAGAUGUUAAGGGACAAAAUAGGCACUGGUAAAAACUUUUCUGAUGCUGUUGUUUUGGGCAAAAGAUACACAGCAGAAGAAGCAUUUAAUUGUGGCCUCGUCAGUGCAAUACGAAAUGAAAGUCUGCUGUUGCCUGAUACCUUAAGAGUGUUGAAGAGUUUUUAUGGAAAGAACGGCUAUCCAAGAGACUCAUUAAGAAAAAUGAAAGAGGCAGUAUACCACCAAACUCUGGAUGCUUACAGGAAGCAAGUGGAAGCUGCUAAAGAAAAAUCUAAAUUGUAACAUUUGUUGUCUCUGAUUUCAUGUAAAAAUAUUCUUCUAUGUAGUGAAAGUUUUGUGAUUAAAGUGUUGUAUUGGUUUAAACAAGUUUAUUUACCUGAGACAACAGAAAAAAAUGUGAAUUUUAACAUGUACGUUUCAAGGAAAGCACAACACAUAAGUUAAAAUAAAACAAAGACAGAAAAUGCAUUAUGGACAGUAGGAAUAAGUGAUUGGGGGUAGCGGAGGUUGUAUGGUGAUAUUCUAGAUGAAUUUAAUUUUUUAAAUUUACAUUUUGUGUGAAAGAAAUGUUAUUGUUUUAACAUAUAUUUUAAAAUAAUUAUUAUUUCAAUGUUAAUUUAUUAUAGCUGAGGUUAAUUUUGUUCAACCCUGUGAAGCUUAAUAUGUUGUGAUAAUUUAAAACGCUGUUCCAUUUUUUUUCAAAUGGAAAUGUGCAUGUGUCUUUAUAGGUGAAAUUAUUUCCACUAAUGUUAUAUGUACACAGGCUUAAUUGUGACAUACUACCUAAACUGUUGUUAACCCUUCCAAUAAAAUGUAUUGUGAUCAACAGAGUAAAAUGUGUUGCGAUUUUUUUUUUAC